AUGCUGUCCGUCGGUGUGGCCUGCGGGGGUGAGGACGAGGCGGCAACCGCAGUACCGACGUUCUCGUUGCCCACGGAUUUGCCGAGUCAGGAGGCAGUGGGUGACGGAGGUGGAGAGGCGACGGCGGCGGUGGCCGGAAGCGACUACUGGAGCGGGCCGCGCACCUGGGAUCCGGAAGACGUGUCUGGCCUGGAACGGGUUACGCAGGAGCUGGUCGCUCCGCCGUUUUUCCCGGAGCACGAGCAGGUGAAUACCGGGGAUCCACGGGUCGUCGAGAUUCGGAUGGUGGUGGAAGAGAAGGAGAUCGAGGUAACUUCGGGUGUGUUCAUGUGGGCGUUCACGUUCAACGGAUCGGUACCCGGCCCCAUCAUCGUGGUGCACGAGGGGGACUACGUGGAGCUGACCCUGGUAAACCCUUCCAGCAAUGAGCUGCUGCACAACAUAGACCUUCACGCCUCCAGCGGCGCCCUGGGCGGCGGUUCGCUGACCCAGGUUGGGCCGGGGCAGGAGGUGGUGCUGCGGUUCCGGGCGACCAAGGCCGGCGUGUUCAUCUACCACUGCGCGCCCGGCGGAACGAUGGUGCCGUGGCACGUGGUACACGGAAUGAACGGGGCGAUCAUGGUGUUGCCUCGGGAAGGCCUGAGAGAUCCCGCGGGCAAUCCGAUCUCCUACGACCGCGCCUACUACGUGGGGGAGCAGGAUUACUACCUGCCGCGGGACGAAAACGGUGAGUUCAAGCGCUACGAAAGCCCGUCCGCCUCUAUGGUGGACGAUCUGGCGGCGAUGAAGACGUUGAUACCGACGCACAUUGUGUUCAACGGAGUUACCGGUGCGCUGCAGGGUGACGGCCAACUGACUGCCAACGUGGGCGAAAACGUGCUGAUUGUCCACUCACAAGCCAACCGGCAGUCCUAUCCGCACCUGAUUGGCGGGCACGGCGACUACGUUUGGGAGCGCGGCGGGUUCAACAGUCCGCCGGCGGUGGACCUGGAGACCUGGGUGGUAGCCGCCGGUUCCGCCGGGGCGUCGAUUCACACGAUUCGGCAACCGGGAACCUAUGCCUACCUGUCGCACAACCUCAUCGAGGCGUUCGUGUUCGAUGCCAAGGCGAUACUGGUGGCGGAAGGCGAAUGGGACAACGACCUGAUGGAACAGAUAAAGGAACCCGGCCCAAUCCAGUAA